GAAUCAGAGAGAGAGAGAGAUGAAAGUCAAGGGAUAGCCACAGAAGCACGUCAUUUGGAUAUUCUGGAAGUGCUGCAGAACGGCGUUUCUUGGAUUUUUCUUUAUCAGAAUUGGAUGAAGGACUAAACACAACCCGUCAAAAAAACAACUCGCAUGAAUUCUUUUUCUUUUGACUGAGGUCACAGUGGAGUUUUGGAUCAAAGCAUCGGAGUUUUUAGAUUUAGAACUGCACCCGAGGCAAUUGCAGGUUACGGUGCUGUGAGAACACCCACAGGUGGUUUCGAAGAUUGAAGAUUUGGUCGUGUGAGUUAUGUGCCUCUGUGGUUUGACAAGUGAGGCUGAGCAUCCACAGACGUCCAGAUGCACAUAACUCUGUAUGUGCAUCUGACUGCAUGGGUUUUGCUGACUGCACGGUGAGAGGACGAGACAAGGAAGGGAUCUGCUGUGUGGAACAUAAGGACGAAAUCUGAUCUGAUCCAAAAAAAGGUCUUGCUUUUAUCUAAAAUGAGGAAGGAGCAUGCUUUUUCUUCAAGCACAGAACAUUAAUUAUAACCUGGUUUGUCAAGGUAAUGCUACUGAAUAUCAGCAGAACUUCACAGACAGCUCCGAAAGCCCAAUGAAGGAGUCGGACCAAACCAAGGAUAACCCCCUGACGUGGGAUUUCGACCAAUCCUGGGGUUCAUUCCUAAAACCAGCUGCACGUCUUUGCCUCGACACCUUGGACUUCUCGGACCUCUGGGACGAGGAAGACAGCACAGAGGACGAGGGAGCCAGUUCAACCAGUGAAUCGUCAGCGUGUCUCCGAGCCCCUCCUGCACCGCCUCCUCUUCCUCCCCCUCCACCGCGUGCCUCACCUUUGCCCUCGGCCUCCCACAAAGGUGCGGCCAUCAAAUGUCGCACCUUGAAGCUCCACUGGAGGGAACUGCAGAGUGUAGCUCCGCUUCCCAGGAUGACGCGCUUCGGGACUCAGACAAUCUGGGCCGGACUUGAGCCGGUCCAUUUGGAUACAAACCGGCUGGAGUACCUGUUUGAAUCUAAGGGCAGUAGCACCAGUUUUAAUGUGGCUUCUGGGAGGCAGAAGCAGCCGUCAUUGUCAGUGUUGGGGAUGAAGCGGAGUAACAUCAUAACCAUCGCCCUGAGCAGUCUGCCACCACCUCGUCUCCUCCCCCCAGCUAUCUACAGCAUGGACGGCAGCGUGCUGGACAGAGAGGACGUUCAGCGGCUUAACGCACUAAUCCCAACAGAAGAGGAACUGUGUCUGAUCAAGGAGGCCAAGGCCCAGAACCCCCACUCCCCUCUCGCCUCGGCCGAGCUGUGCCUGCUCACUUUGGGGGAAAUCCCACAUUUGAGCUCCAGGCUUCAGCUGUGGGCCUUCGCUCUGGACUACGAUUCCUUAGAGAGGGAAAUCGCUGAGCCUCUCUUCCAUCUGAAGUUGGCCAUGGAGCAGCUCGCAGACAGCCAGACCUUUAGGUGUAUUCUCGCAACAGUGUUAGCGAUCGGUAACUUUCUCAAUGGGUGCAAGGCCCGUGGUUUCGAGCUGAGCUACCUGGGGAAGCUUUCCCAGGUGAGGGACACUCACACCCGCCAGCCGCUGCUGCACCACGUCUGCGUGCUGCUGCUGCAGCUCUACCCGCAAUCGUCCGACCUCUACUCUGACAUCACUGCUGUUACGAAAGCUGGCAAGUUCGAAUACUCCCUAGUCCAGUCCAACCUCACCCAGCUAGAGGCCCUGUGCAAAGCAUCAUGGGAGCAGCUAAAGGUUUUGGACAAGGCGGAGGAGAAGAGGAAAGGAGGGAAGGUGGAGAAGAGGAGAGGAGGAGGAGGAGGGGGAGAAGGAAACGAGGCGUUCCGUUACCGGCUGCCACAGAUUUUGAAAGAGUGCGAGGAGAGGCUGAAGGUCCUGAGAGCCGUCCAUCGUCGGGUUAUCAACAGGUUCCACUCUUUCCUCUUAUUCCUGGGCUACUCCCGAGCUAUGGUGAGAGACACCAAAGCGGAGGACUUCUGUAAAACCAUCAGCAACUUCUCUUUGGAGUACAGGACCAUGCAGCAGGCCAUCCUCCUGCAGAGAGAGAGGGAAGAAAGACAGAAAAGUGGAGCAGAAAGCCCCGGCCCUAACACGCCCGUAGGCAGGAGGAAACGCCAACAAACUCCAACACAGGAAAGUGAGGAGCAGUGUCGACUGGAGGAAGUGCUGAGAACACCUGAAUCCAACUCAAGACUGGACGUCACUCUGCCUCGAAACCGCAGGAGGAUGGCUGACAUCCAAGGUCCAUUCUCACGGAAAAUGAAGUGGUGACCCUGCUGAUAUACUCUCCAGAUCCAUUCGAUCACUUGGGUGUUAGAACUUGAAAUUGUUUGUAAUUGUUAUUUAUGACAUUGUUGUUAAAGGUGACGUGUUUGCAGCACAGCGUUUGUUUAGUAGUAAGAAAAUGGACAGGUGCAUGAGAUUUCACAUGCCAUUCAAUUUCUAUCAAUCAUGUUUGUAAAGUAAAGAUGCAUUAAAAUCUGUCACACACUGUCAUCACAUCACACAUAUACACACACACACAUAUAUAGUAUGUGUGUGUAUAUGUGUAUAUGUAUAUAUGUAUUUAUAUGUGUAUAUGUGUGUAU